AUGGCAUCUUUGUUUUACUUUUUAAACGACCUGGUGCAGGGUAUCAGGGGGACGAAUACCACAUUCCUCACGGACAAGGAAGUUCCCGGUGCCGAUCUCACCGGCAAAUGGAUCAUCAUCACUGGUGCGAAUAACGGCAUCGGCUUCGAAGCAGCAAAGUCCUUCGCAACAUGGGGUGCCAAUAUUAUCCUGGGCUGUCGCGAACCCCCUGAGUGGGAACAACAUCCCACAGCCGCGACUAAAGAGUGCAAUGAGAUCGCCCAUGCUCACGGCCACUCGUCGACAAUCGAAUGGUGGCCCUUGGAUAUGGCCGAUUUUGAAACCGUCGAGGCAUUUGCUCAACGAUGGAUCGCCACUGGAAACCCUUUGGACAUCCUUUGCAACAAUGCUGGCAUCGCAGUUGCUCCUCCGGAUGCCAAAACCAAGGAUGGAUUCCAUCCAGUUCAUCAGAUUAACUAUCUCUCCCAUGUAUUGCUGACCCUACGCCUUCUGCCAUCCCUCGCAGAGCAGACCCCAGGACGCAUCGUCUGCACCACAUCAUGCUAUCACCACCUCGGCACCUACAACGCAGAUCUCAACUCUAGCGCAAACCUGUCUGGCAACCCAUAUCGCGAUAACAAACUCUUCUAUCAAAUGUGGCUCACAGAGCUACAGCUACGCCUGCUCAGACAUCCCAGCUACAUGGGCAUAACCGUGAACGGAGUCAACCCAGGCUUCGUCUACUCGUCCAUCUGGACGCCCGUGAAAGAGGAGGGCGGUCGAAGUCUCCAGUUCCUUCUCAGUUAUGUCGCCAUCAAUCCGCAACAGGGCAGCUUGGCGAUCACGUACGCAGCUACCAGUCCCGAGUUUGGACCCGAUCCAAAGACACAGGGUAUCGGGGCACCCAAUGGGCGUGGAGGCGGUAGAUACAUCAAUCGCAUAUGGGACGCAGCACCAAAGAGACAUGUUAAUGAUGCGGAGUUGAGGUCGCAGGUGUGGAUCAAGACGGCCGAGAAGCUUAAACUUUCGGAGAAGGGUCUCUUGGAUGUCUUGGGUCUCUGA